UUUCCUGUGCAUCUACAUUAUGAAUAUUUGAAAUAAGAUUUCUAUUCCAUUUAAACUAUGCCUUUAAGCGAAAAGAUUUGCCACUGGCAGUUCAUAAACGAGAAAUGGCAUAUUAGUAUAAAGUCAAAGUUUAGAAUUAAAGAAAAAUAUAGAUAUUUGUCUCUGUAUGGAUUUUUGUAUUUAUAAUUUCUUUUGAAUCUACAAUAAAUAGGGAAUAAAAAAAAUAUAAAGUUCGUUUGAAAAUAAAGUAAAAAAGAAAUAAUAAUGGAACAGUUUUAUUUGUGGAACUACUUCCGAGACAAAAUUUCAUAUACUGUGCAUCAAUUUGACGUAAGAUGUGAUUAUUAAUAAACACUAUAAUCAUUGAAAGGAAACUUGACUGACAUGCAAAUAACUGUUCCUGAAAUCUGUAAAAAGUGUAUGGAGUGAAUUUAGGAAGAAAAUCUCAAUAUUUGAUCGUUAUGUAUUAGGCUGUGAUUAUAAAGUUCCUGUCACUGUAGACAGGAAUGAAACAAUCUUCAAGAUGACGGAAAAAACAAUAGAUCAAUUCUACAAACAAAAUAUUGAUGUUAUGGUUAAAUAGUGAUUGAAAUAUUUUAAUUAGCGAAAAAUAGACUGUACACGUCAAGUAAGACGAUUAAUAUGAGAAAUAAACGCACUGGAAUUAUGACCAUUUAUGAUUUGGGUUUUAAUUACCAAAUAAUGACUCGAUGACCGCAUGAUAAGUUUACAGAGAGAGAGAAGAUGACUGGCACCUGAAUUUAGAACUCAAACGACAGGAUAGUGAAGGAGAGAGAGAGUUUAUUGUUCAUUAUACAUAUGUUUCUCAGUUUAAGAGUCGAUAAAACGAGAAUGGAAACUGACAAUUCUAACAUGAUUCGUGUAAAAAUCGUCAAGAAAAGUGACACAGGUCUUGGGUUUUUGAUCCAGCCUAGGUCCGAAAAACCACAUGUGGUUAUUUCGGCAAUCGUUUCUGGAGGAAUGGCUGAAAAAUGUGGUUUGAUACGUAUAGGUGACGUCAUAGUACGUGUAAAUGAUAUGGACUUAAGUGAUAUGGUGUAUGAAAAAUGUGUAGAUUUACUGAAAUCUUUACCACAAGAAACACCCGUAUCCUUAUUACUAAAGGGACCUGAAGGAUACACAUCAUACCUACACACUACUUUUCUAGAAAACGGCACUCCACACACAACAAGAAUUACAAAACCUGUUGCAAAUAAUGAAUCAUUUGUCUCUCGUCUGAGACGAACGUUCGGAAGAUCUCAGUCCCCUUCAGGACGAACACCCUUAAGACAAAGUCGCAGCGGCAAUAUAAGUCCAAAACGGAAUAAACAAAAACAAGAAAAAGAAAAGAUAGAUAAUGAUCAAAUGGAUCAAACUUGUUUCGUAUGUCCGGUAGAUCAUAGUAGUAGCUUGAAAGUUCAGAACGAUGCAGAAUCUCAAACAGACGGAGAAAAUGCAAAGCAUGUAACUUCUGUAACUGCCAAUGGUGGCCCACUUGUCAUUGUACGUGAAUCAAAGAAGACAGUGAACAACAACUCGUUAAAAACCAUAAAUAAUUCACAAAUAAAUAAUGAAGUUGACACCAUUGAUAAUAAUACAGUUAAAAACCAUUCUACUGAUAGUCAGUUAAAUGUAAUAACGAAUGGCAGGGUUAAUGGAGCAGAGAAUCUCGAGGAGAGACGAGACUCAAAAGGAAUUAUAGUUAGUCCGUCGAUGCAGAGAAAAGAAGGCAUGGCGCAUAAUUCUCCAGCUCAACAAAAGCGAUAUGUUAAACUGAAAAAUAUUGCUGAUAGCAAACUUGUAUUUACAGAUACUCUCCAUUCAAAAUCUAUUGAGAAUGUUCCAUGUGCUCACAAUAGGUGUUUGGGGUCACUCAUGGGUACAAGCGUGCCCGGUAGAUCCCAAGGAACAGUUAGACCAAAAGAAGAGAUGUUGGUUCAUGCAAAGGACUUCUUUGACCAAUAUUUUACGAGCAUCAAACGGCAAAAUACCCCUGCUCAUCAAACGAGGCUGAGUGAAGUUUACAGCGCAAUUGAGAAGACUGGAAAAUACGAACUGACAACGAGUGAACUAACGUAUGGUGCAAAACUGGCAUGGAGAAAUGCAGCAAGGUGUAUAGGUAGAAUACAGUGGUCUAAACUUCAGGUGUUUGAUGCUAGACAUAUAACGACUGCACGAGGAAUGUUCGAGGCUAUAUGUAACCACAUAAAGUAUGCAACAAACAAAGGCAAUAUCAGAUCAGCAAUAACUGUUUUCCCUCCUCGAACUGAUAAUAAGCAUGACUUCAGGGUAUGGAACCAACAGCUUGUUAUGUAUGCUGGCUACAAACAGCCGGACGGAUCGGUAAUUGGUGAUCCAGCAGCUAUCGAUUUUACUAAUGUUGUCGUGAAGAUGGGUUGGAAACCUAAAUUUGGAAUGUUCGAUGUCUUGCCGCUUAUUCUACAAGCCAAUGGAAUGGAUCCAGAAAUGUUUGAGAUUCCAGCGGAGUUAAUUUUUGAAGUUCAAAUAAAGCAUCCAAAAUUUCCAAGUUUUGCUGAGUUAGGACUUAAGUGGUUUGCCUUACCAGCAGUGUCUGCUAUGUUGUUUGAUUGUGGUGGACUGGAAUUUACAGCUUGCCCUUUUAAUGGAUGGUAUAUGGGGACUGAAAUUGCUUCUAGAGACUUUCUAGAUGCACAGAGAUAUAAUCUUAUAGAGAAAAUUGCAGAAAAAUUAGGACUUGACACGAGGAAGAAUUCUUCAUUAUGGCGUGACAGAGUUGCUGUGGAAACAAAUAUUGCAGUCCUUCAUAGCUUUCAGGCUGCAGGAGCUACAAUAAUGGACCACCACGCGGCUUCAGAAUCCUUCAUGAAGUUUAUGGAGAAUGAAAUGAAACAGAGAGGUGGUUGUCCUGCUGAUUGGGUUUGGGUAGUGCCUCCUCUCAGUAGCAGCAUCACUCCGGUUUUCCAUCAAGAAAUGUUACUGUAUAAAUUGAAACCGUCUUAUGAAUAUCAGGAUGAAGUUUUUAGAACCUACGUAUGGAAAAAAGACAGAGAAAAAGGGAAAACUGUAGAAAAGAGACGAAGAAAGUUCGGAUUUAAGGAAUUGGCUAGAGCUGUAAAGUUUAGUGCUAAGCUGAUGGUAAAAGCACUGUCUAAUCGUGUGAAAUGCACAAUUUUGUAUGCAACAGAGACAGGGAAAUCAGAGAGAUUUGCAAAGACACUUUGUGAAAUAUUUAAGCAUGCAUUUGACGCAAAGGUAGUUGAUAUGGCGGAGUAUGACGCUAUACAUCUAGAACACGAAGCUUUAGUUCUAUUUGUUACUAGCACAUUCGGAAAUGGCGAUCCACCUGAAAACGGAGAGGCAUUUGCUAAGAACCUUCAUGACUUGAACGACGUUAAGAGUACAAAAAAUGGAGAAGGAUUAUCAACUCAGUACUUCAGAAUGAGCACAAAAAGUGAAUCAGAAGAUAAUCAACAAGUCGAGGACAAAAUACUUGAAGAAGUGGGUCCUCUCAGCAACGUUCGGUUCUCUGUUUUUGGAUUGGGAUCUCGUGCAUACCCUAAUUUCUGUGCCUUUGCUCACUACAUCGAUAACAUGAUGAAUGCACUUGGCAGCGAGAGAAUAUAUCAAAUGGGAGAAGGAGACGAACUAUGUGGUCAAGAAGAAACCUUCCGACAGUGGGCAAAAUCCGUUUUUAAGGCUGCUUGUGACACUUUCUGUGUUGGGGAUGAAAAUAGUAUCCAAGAGGCAACUGGUGCGCUGUCGAAGACAGACUUCACAUGGUCACCAGAAAAGUUUAGGUUAACACCAUCAACAAACGAAACGCCAUUAUCUUUGUGUGAAGCUUUAAGCAAAAUGCACAGUAAAAAUGUGUUAUCCUGUAGCUUAUCAAACCGUAUCCAACUACAAGAUCCAGAUUCAGAACGACAGACUUAUCUGGCAAAUAUUGAUUUAGAGGGAAACUCAGCAGAUAUGAACUACAGUCCCGGUGACCACGUGGCUAUUUUCCCUCUAAACUCCUCGGAGUUAGUAGAUGGUAUUAUUACUCGUCUACACAAUGCACCACCGCCUGAUCAACUAGUAAAAUUGGAAGUUAUUCAGGAACUUACAACACCAAUGGGCACACAAAAGUCGUGGAAACAGUUUGAGAAAAUCCCUACAGCCACCAUGAAGACAAUGUUCUCAAGAUUCCUAGAUAUUACAACACCCCCAUCACAAGAGUUUUUGAAACAACUGGUAUCUCAAGCAACACGAGAUAAUGACAAAAUUAAAAUUGAAAACUUAGCUAACGACAUUCAUGAGUAUGAAGAUUGGAGAUAUGAAAAGAUGCCGAACAUGUUGGAAGUUUUAGAAGAGUUUCCUUCCCUAAAAAUCAAUCCCUCACUUUUGAUAUCUCAGCUUCCAUUAUUACAGCAAAGAUUUUAUAGUAUAAGCUCAUCGCAAAAAUCAUCCCCAGGAGAAGUUCACGCUACCAUAGGUGUUUUAAAAUAUAAUACAAUGGAUGGUGCUGGUGCACUUCAUUAUGGGGUUUGCUCAAAUUGGCUGAACAGCUGUGAUAUUGGUGAAGAAAUACCAUGUGCAAUGAGAAUGGCGCCAUUAUUCCAUUUACCAGACGAUGCAACACUUCCUAUUAUAAUGGUAGGACCUGGAACUGGAAUUGCUCCAUUUAGAAGUUUCUGGCAUCAGCGUAAAAUAGACAAAAAUAUGUUACCCGUGCCGAAGCAUGGCGACAAGACUGGUUGGGGAGAAAUGUACCUGUACUUUGGAUGUAGAAAAUCGGCCGUUGACUAUAUAUAUAAGGAAGAAUUAGACAACUGUUUACAAGAUGACGUUUUAACAAAAGUCUACACUGCGUUUUCACGUGAGCCAGGACAACCAAAGACAUAUGUACAAGAUAUGAUAAAGAAAAAUGGUCAAGAAGUAUUCGAUGCUGUGGUUAAAAAUGGUGGCCAUUUUUAUGUCUGUGGUGAUGUACAAAUGGCAUCUGAUGUUACUGAAACGCUAUGCAAAAUUAUUCAAGACAAAGGCAAAAUGUCGAAAGAACAAGCUCAAUCUUAUAUGCUGAAAUUAAAGGAGGCAAACAGAUUCCACGAAGACAUAUUUGGUGUCUCUGCAAAACAGGAAUUCACAGACAAAGUCAGAGAUCAGGCAAAACGUGCAUGGAAAUAUAUUAAUGCUACCAAACCUGUUAACAAUAAUAAGGAAGUCGCUAUGCCAAUUCCGCCACCGGUAGCUUAACUGCACAUCAUGAAUGGAGAAACGCUUACCACGUGGAAAUCCUAAACCUCCAAUGAAAGUGAGAACUAAAGUGAUUAGUGUAGACUCUGAAGAUGAUAUGUGGACCAUUCCAGAAAAUUAACUUUGUUGCUCCUGUUAAAACUUUUACAUGUUGUUGAUUUUUUUACAUUGCCAUUAGUAUUAAUCAUGUUAUCUGUUGUAUAUUGAUUGUUAUUGGUAUUUUUAUGAGGGUCUAGAUGGGGGUUUACAGAAUAGAGAAUAAUGGGCAAAAUGUGCAGAAUAAAGGGCUAAAAAAUAAAGAAUAGAGAAAAAUGGACCAAAAAAAAAAAUAGAGAAUAAUGAGAUGCUGCAAUAUAAAGAAUAGAGAAUAAUGGGCAAAAAGUAUAAUGAAUAGAGAAAAAUGGCAUAAAAAAUAAAGAAUAAGGAAGGACCCCCACGCCCCAUCCAGACCCUCUUUUAUUACUCAAAACAUUUGUACAUUGAGGCAAUCAUCAGAUGAUUCCAUAAGACAUAAUGCAUUAGAAGUUUACUUUGAAUUGUAUUUGAUAAAAUGAAGAUAUGCAAAAUUACAGAAAAAAAUGCCCUGUAUUAUGCAGACAAGGAAAUAACAAAUAAACUGAAAAAAAGAAAGUACGGGAAAUUGGAAGUGAAAAAUAAUGGAUAGAAGACAAUACAAGUUAACUUACUCUAAAAAAUCUCUGCGAGGUACAUUUGAACCAUUUUUACAAUUUAACUGUUUACACAAGACUUUUUACAAAUAUUUUAUCGAUAUUCAAGUCAAUGGAAAUAUCAUACAAAUCGUUUUUUUUUUGUUAUGCAUGUUGUACAUCGACUAAAAUUAAAGCAAAUCAUAUAUGGGAAGGUUUGCUCAAGUUCUGCUCAUUGAUAACUUAAUCUACUAUAUAUGUUCACUUAAUUUCUGGAAACUUUAAAAGUAUCAUCUCUGAUCUCUGUUAUAGCCUACCACUGCCCUCAUCAGACAUCUGCUAUAGCUUACCACUGCCCCUAAUCAGACCUCUGCUAUAGCCUUCUACUGCCCUCAUCAAUCAAAAUAUAAAUAAUAUCAAAAGAAAAGCAUAUGAUUAUUUUCUUUGGAGAUCUUUAAUGAAAUCCUCUGCAAUAGGCAUACAUUUAAUAGAUUUUUUAAUUUUGUGAUUUAAUUGUUGAGGUGUAACUAUAAUGUUUCCACAAAAUGAGGUAAAGUACUAAAGCGUAGUAUUUGUGUUAUUUUUCAAUAUAUAGUGUAUUUAUCAUACCUGCUUUAAAGGUAUACGUCUAAAAAUAGUUUUUCUAGUUCUGUAUGCAUUUAAUCCGGUUCUGAUCAGUUUGAUAAACUGCACGUUGACUUGAAAUUUUUUUAAUACUAUUUCCCGCCAUAUCCACAAGUUUUAGGUAUUUUCCAUUGAAUAAUUAGAGAAAAAGGUUCUACCACUUUACCUUGUUGACAAGGAUAUUCGGAUAUUUAGCCACUCUCCAAAAUAACUUUUCAAAUUCUGAAACUAUUUCGAGUGGAUAUAUUUCGUAAAUAAUUUGAUGGUAUAAUCUAUAUGUAUAUAUAUAUUUAUAUUAUAACCUUAAAUAACGCUUGCGUUAAAAAAUUUCAUGUUUAUUCACAUUCCAAUUUUAGAAUUGCAUUACGCAUAUGGUUAUUCUUUUAAUAUACAUUAGUAGCAAUCAAUUCAUUGCAACUUUCAUCAAUAAACAAAUGGAACAGGGCUUCAAAAUCAUGUUAUUUUGAUUACAUUAAAUUAAUUUAAGAACUAUAUUGACAUUUACCUUUCGUUAAGGUGGAGACAAAACACGACAAGACAAUACUUUAUUUAAAUCUCAACUCUUAAAUUUUAAAACAUACAAACAGUUUAUAUAGAAUAUAACAUAUACAUAAAUAAAAAUCCAAAAUUCAUUCGAAUAACUGUUACGGCAGACUAUCUGCAAACUUUAUAUAAUGUAUUAUCUACAAAAUUUUAAAUUGCAAUGUGAAAUACAUCGUAUAUGCAUUAAAAUGUCAUUGAAGAAUUUGGCGGUAAAAAAGUACAUAUUUUCAUCAGUGAAUGAAAUAUGAAAUCGUCAUCAGACAAAUGCAUAAAAUUGUCAUUUUUAAUAGUGUCACUCGUGAAAGACCUUUAACCUUUCUCAAAAUGAAGAAUAUAAGUUAAAACCAAAUUCCUUUAAUCCAUUAGUUAUUUUCAUGUAUUUCAUCAGAUUUUCGUCUCCUACGUAUACAUCCCUCCCCAAUCAUUCCUUUUAAGAUUUAAUCCUCAUUAUAAUAUGUAUCAUGUGUAUACAAUCAAGAAUUGAUUAUUUUGUUUCAUGUAAUAUUCAAGUACGCAUCAAUACUAAUAGCCUUGCAAUUUGAUGUAAUAAAUAUUAGUGCAAUACUUUUUAAAAUGCAAAUAUAUGUGAUUUUAUAAUUUUCAAUAAUGUUUUUUUUCUAUUUAUUGAAGAGACAAAACAUAAUAGUUAACCUGCUUCCUUGUAUACUUUAAAAAUGAAAUAUAACAAACAAAACUAUAAUUUCAUUUUUACAGAUGAUUAAAGGCCUGUGUCUUAAUCUGUAAAUUUCCUCCUGCUUACUAGUCAAUAUGUAAAAUAUAGCAGUCAUCAAAAUUAUAUAAAAACAAAAUUGAGUUCCUGCAGGGGAUAUUUGUAAUGGUUUUGUGUCUUAUCCCAUUAGUCAGUAUAACUAUCAAACAACAUUGAUGAGAGUAUAAUUACAAUAAUAUUGAAUACCUGUACGGAACCAAGAAAUACAGUUUUAUAUGUAAAUGGUGCAGUAUCUGAACGUUUGAUUUUGAUUUGAAUUUUUAAGUAACUUUGUCUUUUUAGUAGACUAUUCUUUUCUGCUUCUAGUGGUAUAUUUUCUGCAAUAAAAUUUCUUAAAACCA